GCCUCGUGGUACGCUCGAGGGCAGCAGAAUCGCGCGUGCACAAAACAGAGAGAGAGAUAGAGAGAGCGAUUGGUCAUCGGCGCACUGCUGUGCCUUAGAGAGUCGAGCGCACGCGCGCGCAGUCGUAAGUGACGUGGAUAAAGAGUGCCACGUGCGGUUAGACCACCUCAGCGAUCGUCUGCUGUCGGUGCGGGCGACGAAAUGGCCGCAAGCGUGCCACGUGGCUCGUCUCUUGUGCGCUUCUUUGGUGGCAUUAAACGGGUUUUGGACGCUCCAUGGCGGGUUACAGGUCCGGCGUCGGCCCGAGAGUUCUUGGACUCUGUGAAGGUUGCUGGAGUGUAUAGGCCAUUCGCUCCAGCCACGCGUCCCAAAGAGUAUACAAGUGUGGGAGCUGGAAGUGGAGGGCGAUCGGGUGGACUUGCCGUAAGGAACCCGCCCGAUAUGUUCCCCUUUGCAGUAAAGGGGUUGAAUCACAUCGCUAUCGCAGUGCCUGAUCUGAGCGAAGCGGCAGAGCAUUACAGAACAGUUUUUGGCGCCCAAGUGAGUGAGCCACUGGACCAGCCAGAGCAUGGCGUGACUGUGGUCUUUGUGCACUUGUCCACGGCAACAAUUGAGCUCCUGCAUCCACUUGGUGACAACAGUCCUAUUGCAAAGUUCAUGGAGAAGAACCCAAAGGGGGGGCUGCAUCACCUCUGCUUGACGAUGGUUUAGCGUCGGGAUAGGCAACUCCUCACACUGCAAACUCGUAUCAGAGUCAGGAAGCCCUUGUGUAUUUUGUUUGCUCUCAAAGCUGUGGUGCAGGCGAGUUAGGACAGCUUGCACUGGAUGGUGUUGAUAUAUGCUAAGAGAGGAGGAACCUGCCAAUUAUCUCAACUACCUUCUUAACCCUUCAUUAUCGCGGCAUCUCGUCUGCCCGUUUACCACCUGAAUAAAACACCCGUUCAUAA